CUUCAGUUGGGACAGUCACAGUGAGAGAAAAUGUCACUGCCGAGGGUCUUGUGUUUUCAUCUCAUACUGAUGCUGUCUGCAUUCACUGGAGCAGCUGAUGGAUACUACUGGUCUCGGUGGAAUAAAUGUAUCCACGGCUCCCGUGAUUUCAGUGACAUGGUGUUCGUUGAUAACUAUAUCUUCAAUAAAGAUGUAUACAUACAGUUCAACAGCACUGUGGGGGAGUAUGUGGGGUACACUGCACAUGGAGUAUAUAACGCAGACUUAUGGAACAAAGAUACCAACAUUCUGCAGCAAGAGAGAGCUGAGGUGGACAGAUACUGCAAACAUAAUGCUGAACUCUAUCAGUCAGCGAUCGCUGAUAAAACAGUGCCACCAAAGGUUAAGCUCAGUUCAGUGACGCAGGCUGGUGGCAGACAUCCAGCUGUGUUGAUGUGCAGUGCUUACCGCUUCUACCCACACGGGAUCAAAGUGUCCUGGAUGAGAGACGGUGCAGUUGUGAAGACUGAUGUGACCUCAACUGAGGAGAUGCCUAAUGGAGACUGGUACUACCAGAUUCACUCCCAUCUGGAGUACACCCCCAAAUCUGGAGAGAAGAUCUCCUGCGCGGUGGAUCACGCCGGCUUAACUAAACCCAUCAUCAUAGACUGGGAUCCAUCUCUCCCUGAGUCUGAGAGGAAUAAAAUCGCCAUCGGG